AUAAUUUAUGACUCGUUCAUACCUAUCUAGCCCCGUUCUUGAAGCAGUCAACUUCAGCUAUCUAAACACAGUUCUGUCGUCGUUGGAGUUUUAUUUUCACUUUAUACAAUAAACCUUUGGUUUCAGUGUAUCACAUGUGUCGUCGGCAGUCGAAGUGACGUCCACCUGGAGCGGUGGGUGUGUGCACCGUGUGCCUGUCAAUGCGGAGUGGAUAUGCGGCAAGCGGCGUGACGCGACCUGCGCACGCAGCCUCGGCCCGCAACUGCCAAUAACCCGCUAGAAGCCGUAGAGCGCGCGCCACUCGCUCCUGAACAAAAUAUCGACGCGUAAACCUACUACCACCCUAAUAACUCGUUUCGAUAACUGUGCCAUAGUUUUACAGUGCAACUCUUUUCAAUAAUUCGCUGGAUUUUACAAAAUUAUCGUUCUCCAUGAAAACAGUCGAUCAGUGCACCGCGUUAUCAGUUUAUCAGUGACUGCUCAACACACGUUUUUUCACAUGUCAAACAUAUUAAGGAGACGAUAGCUAGGGGGCAGGGAUGCAGGCGGCAGCGGUGUGUAGCAGGGUGCUAGCUAGUGCGGCCAGGGUGGGAUAGCGAGCGAGACUGCGUCAGUCGGCGACACUGCACCAUGUGGGUGCGAGCGGCGCGCACGAUCCGGGCGCUGCGCAGGGCCGCGCUACUGUUGCCUCUGGCACUGACGGCGCUGGCGCUGCUGCUGCUACCGCGUCCGCCAUCGCUCAACCCUGCGCCACACAGCCCCUCCCCGCCCGUACCUCCACCUGCUCUCGGUGUCAACAUUGAGAACGCAAUAACGGAGACGGAGUUUGCAGCUGUUCAAGAUGACGGGACGGUUCAACUGCCUUGGUUCAUGCGCGGAGGAGAGAGGAGGCCCACACAACACGAACCUAACGCUCCACUCUUCCCUGAAGAUGCACCUGGUCAAGACAGAAUCGUAAACCAAUUAAUGUAUACGCUACCAAAAGACGAAGAUGUACCUAUAAAGAAAAUUCUACUUGCAAACGGAUUUGGAGCGUGGGGCGUGUCGGGUGGCAGAACAGAAUUCAUUCGGAAUAAGUGUCCAGUAGAUCGCUGCACGCUCUCAUCGGAUGCACGAGAUGCCGCCACCGCUGACGCUAUUCUUUAUAAAGACCAUCACACACCUUUCAACGUUAAACGUUCCCCUAAACAGAUCUGGAUCCUCUACUACUUGGAGUGUCCAUACCACACUGCAUCGUUACGGCCAUCGUCUGUGGACGUGUUCAACUGGACGUCCACCUACCGUCGGGACUCCGACAUCGUAGCACCCUAUGAGCACUGGGUCUACUACGACCCCCUCAUAAUCGAAAAAGAUCUCGACAGAAACUUUGCUGCGAAUAAAACUAAAAAGGUGGCGUGGUUUGUAUCGAACUGUCACGCUCGCAACAGGCGGCUGCAGUACGCGCGGCAGCUCAGCAAGUACAUCCAGGUGGACAUCUACGGGGCAUGUGGAGCACACCACUGCCCUCGUACUGACCCCAACUGUCUCGAUAUGCUGGAUAAAGACUACAAGUUCUACCUCGCAUUCGAGAAUUCAAACUGCCGUGAUUACGUCACUGAGAAAUUCUUCGUUAACGGACUGCAACACAACGUGCUGCCUAUAGUGAUGGGUGCUCGCGCUUCAGAAUAUGCCGCUUUAGCGCCCCACAACUCAUACGUCCACGUGGAGGAGUUCGCUAGCCCUGAAGAACUCGCCGCCUAUCUGAGGCGCCUUGACGAGGACGACAAUUUGUACAAUUCAUAUUUCAAGUGGAAGGGUACGGGAGAGUUUAUAAACACGUACUUCUUCUGCCGCGUGUGCGCCAUGGUGCACGCCAACGAGCGGCGACAGCGCAGCACGCACUACGCGGACGUGCAGGCGUGGUGGCGCGACGGCGCCUGCACCCGCGCCGAGUGGCGCGCCGCGCAGCGCGACACGCGCGACAACGGCUAGCGACGCGCGCGUCGCGCCCACGCCGCGCGCCGUCACCGCACCGCUCGUACGUUACUGCUUCGAGCCCCACCCGACCGCGGCCCGGCUCAUCUCCAACGUCAGAGUCGCUGAGCCCGGGGGCUACCGAUGCAUUAAAUAAACUUGUACCUAUCGUGUUACGAGUCGAGCCGACAUUUGUAAUCGCGUCCAAAUAGCAUAGCAUACAAUUGGUAGUAGUGGUUCUGUUGUAAGUCUUAGAUUGCCGGUGUUCGGUGUUCGAAUUUCCCCCAAGAUAUUUUUGUAACAUGAACUAGUGAGGCGUAACGAAAAUGAAAUUAGUAAAUUUAAUAUAAUAAAUAAAUUCAAUUUAUUGGCGCCCAACAUGGUUCUGAAAAAAUCCUUGUGAACGAGUGUCUCUAUUAAUUACUUUCCGAGAAUCAUAGUGGAAUCGCUUUGCAUUUAGUUAAACAAUAGCACAAACCAUGUAUAACAAUGUUUUGGGUGUGUAAACAUUCCAUUGUAGUUUUAAUUUAUUUACCUAUUGUUAAAUGUUUUAUUGACUUAAUAACGAAUUUUAUUAGAUUUUUAAGACGUUUUUAUAUAUCGUACCAUUUUUGUGAUUGUUUUUGUAAAUUAUUUGAAUUAUGUAAAUAUUUUUGAAUUAUUACUUAUGUAGAUACUACAAAAGCGACUUUAAUAUUACAAGUUUAUUUUUCAUCAAAUAUAAUACCAACAUCUUUACUGAUAGCGAUCAGAUCAAAGCUGUUAACAUACUUUUAAUUUUGUAUGUUAAUUAUGAGAUUUAUAAAGUUAUUUGGGCUAGACUUGAAAACAUUUGUAUGAUACAUUUUCAUAUUUUUGACGUAAUGAUGGUAUGUAGGUACCAUGGAAGCCACAGACUCAGUAUUAUGUACUUAAUUACUUACAAGACAGCUCAAUUAUAAAGUCUAGUCAUGAUGCCAUUGUUUAAGCACAAAUACCAAAAACUAACAUUUUGCACAAUUGCACAAAAAUAAAAAUUUUAAGAAAUAUUUUAUUAAAAGGUUUUAUAUUUUAUAAUAAUUAUUCAUUUUUGCACUUCUCUAAGAAGUUUUAGAAUAUUAUCACUUUGCAAUUAUAGAUAAAGUUAUAACUUGUUUUCUCAUUAAAGUUGCUAAUUGAAUUGUGUUAUAUUUCUAUUGUUGUGUUCUGUUAUGUUAUAAAGUUACCUUCACCUCUAGGAAUGAUAUUGCUGCAAUUGAACUUUUAUUUCAAGAGAUAAAUAAACAUUUGCAGUACAUUUUUAAGGGAUGGUGGUAUGAAGACUUAAAAUGUAACUGGCUGUUAAAACAGAGACUGAAAAUCUUAAAUGAUGUUAUAUUUUAUGUUUGGGGAAAUUGGUAAAUAGGUGAAAUAAGUUCCUUGCCAUAAACAAUAAGUGCAUCUGCAAUAACUACUUACAGGAUAUUUAAAACCCAAAUAUAGGCAGAAUACAAAAUCUUAAUACAGCUAGUUUUGUCCUAAUGAAAUUUAAUGUUUUUAAAAUAUCUGAAUGUUUAAAAUAAAUGUAAAGAUCUCAAAUUAAGUGUAAUACCAAUAAAACAUAAAUCCUGUUUGUUAACAUAAGCAUAAUUGUUAUACAUUGAUAUCCUCUUGUGAAAGUUGUAUAAGAUUGUUUCAGAUACAUGAUAAUCAUUUGCUGGGAUCAUGUUAGUUAUAAUCUCCAGAUGGUCAUUCCAUUUCUGUUAUUUGUGUACCUAAGGCCAAUAUUAUUAUAGUUAAAUAUUAUAGACAAUCAAACAUAAAUGCUGUUAGGAGAAAAUCUGUUUUUAGAACAUGAAUAUAUGUAUUACAGCAGUUAUAAUUAUAUAUAUUUCAUUGUUUAAUAACAAAAUAUGUCACACCAAAAAUUACUUUAAGUAAAUGGAAGAGCUGAUCAAUAAAUAUUUCAUUGCCUUAAACAACUGUUUCUCUACAAAGGCAUAUUUCUAUACAUAGCAUGUUGUGAUUAAAUGAAUAUAUUAUAAAAAUAAAAUGCUUAUUGCAGUACAAUUAAGCCAUCAACAUGACACUUAGUGUUCAUUUCACCAAUAAAAUAAUAAAUAACAAUUGAAACAUAAUUUGUUUUAUUUACAAUGCAACAACUAUGAACACGAAGACAAGCAUGACUGACACAUAGACAAUGCUUGAAACACUAUAGAUGACUAGGUUAGCUUGUUAGAUCCAAUAUACUGUUUCAACAUGUUAAUAAGCUUCAAAUUGCUCUGCAACUGUAGCUGAACAUUUACACAUUCUACAACAAAGUUAAUUCCGUUCUGGAAUAUAUUUUGAGCUUUAUGCAUGUUCUGUGGAACUAACACACCAAACCAACGAAGAGGAUUAACAGUAUUCUCUGCAUCAUUUUCAAUAACUUUCAUGACUUUAACUCCAUCUUCCUCAGUUGUUUCACAUAUUGUAGAAGCCGAGAAAUCAGGGCUACUCUCGGUAGGGAGUCGUGCUGUGCUCACAGAGCUCUGACCCAUGAUAUAUCGAGAUUUUGCUAAAUGAAUACUUCCAUUUUUGAUACUGCUCUCUAUGUUUAAUUCACAACGCAUCUUUUCUUCCAUCAAAUGCAAUUGUUUUAAAAUUAUUUUAUCAAGCAAUUCAUUCGCAACAGCCUCGGUUGGAUUACCUGAAUCUUGCUCUCCGGCCAUGAUUAUUAGUUUCCGUGUAUUAUGUUUAUAAAUAAUGAAAGUCCUAGCUGGAGAUACAAUUUUAUAUUCUCAAAAUAAAGUAUUUCAUAAAAUAUAAAAUUAUACAAGCAAAUAAUUCUAUAUCUUAGACGAUGAUCCUCCUAA